GUGCGGUGUGGCUGUGACUCCCGGUAACUGACGCUGGUGUCAGUCAGUCGAUCGGUGGUUCCGCUGCCGAGCGGAGAGAACGGCCCGAAAAAGAUUCGUUAACCGGCACCGAGGAGAGAAACGACUGUUCAGCCGAACACAAACCGUCCCGAGGAAGAAACCCAACCCAGGCCCUACAAACUGAGUGUAACUUUGGGCAGCAGCAAUGUCGGGCUCCUACGAGGACUCCAUGAUCGAUGUCUCCAGUGAUAGUUUCUGGGAGGUCGGUAACUACAAGCGAACAGUGAAACGGGUAGACGAUGGCAACCGGCUCUGUAAUGACCUGAUGAACUGUCUCCAUGAGCGGGCACGUAUUGAAAAGUCGUACGCACAGCAGCUCACAGAAUGGGGCAAACGCUGGCGGCAACUUGUAGACAAAGGUCCUCAGUAUGGUACAUUGGAGCGGGCUUGGUCUGCUCUGUGUACAGAGGCAGAGAAAGUGAGCGAGCUCCACAUGGAGGUGAAAGCAGCGCUGAUGGGAGAAGACUACGAGAAACUCAAGAACUGGCAGAGAGACUCCUACCACAAACAAAUGAUUGGCGGCUUCAAAGAGAGUAAAGAGGCUGAGGACGGCUUCCGCAAGGCUCAGAAACCCUGGGCCAAGAAACUCAAAGAGGUGGAGACGAUGAAGAAAUCGUAUCAUUCUGCCUGCAAAGAGGAGAAGCUGGCAGCCAGCAGGGAGACCAACAGCAAACUAGAGAGCAACAACAACCCUGAAGCCCAGAAGAAGCUCCAGGAGAAGGUGGAGAAGUGUCAGCAGGAGGUGCAGAAGACUAAAGAACGCUAUGAGAAAUCCCUUGAAGAGCUGGACAAGGUGACUCCUCAGUACAUGGAGAACAUGGAGCAGGUGUUUGAGCAGUGGCAGCAGUUUGAAGACAAACGCAUCAGCUUCUUCAGAGAGUUGCUGCUGGAGGUUAAACAGCACCUGGACCUCUCAACCAAUCACAGAUUCCAGACAAUCUACAACACGAUGGAAGACACAAUCUCAGCCACUGACGCUGAAGAGGACUUGAAAUGGUUCCGGUCCAGUCACGGCCCUGGCAUGCCAAUGAACUGGCCCCAGUUUGAGAAUUUGGACUGGUCCCAUCCUCGCUCCUUUAAGAGAAGGUCCAUUGUAGACUGGUCCAUUGACCUGAACCGAACGCUCAGCAGGCGAGAAAAGAAGAAGCCAUCGGAAGGCGUCACGCUGACUGGCAUCAGUCAAACUGGAUCAGACCAGCCUGUUCAGCCUGUCAAGACCAGCAGCAGCCUGACUGUGCCCACUAAAACAGCACCAGUGGGUUCGAACCCCUUCGAGGAAGAGGAGGAGGAGGAGGAAGAAGAGGAAAUUGCUGUGGAGCAGCAGACCACAAUCAACCACAUCAGUGUGGAUAAAGAGGAAAUAAAAAUUGUGAGCAGUAUGGAGAAGACUCCAGACUGGUCAGAUGAGGACACAGGAAGUAACCCAUUCUCCGCCAAUGGUGAAGGGAACCCAUUCGAGGAAGAACCCGCUUCUGCGGUUGUAUCUGUGCCUGUCAGAGCCCUCUACGACUAUGAAGGGCAGGAGCAGGACGAGCUGAGCUUCCAAGCAGGGGAUGAAUUAACCAAAAUUGGCGAUGAAGACGAUCAGGGUUGGUGCAAAGGCCAGCUCAAGGAUGGAAAAACGGGCCUAUAUCCUGCUAACUAUGUGGAGGCCAUCCAGUAGUGGAUUGUCACAGAUGAAACAAAUGUGAAGAAAGUGGUUUGUUAAGAAAUGACAGUGCGGCUGGAAAAGGAAAAGGCUCUGCCUCAUUUUCAACCCUUCUCUCCCUGUUGAUGGAGACUGGACCGAAGCAGGAGAAGUACGGAGAGGAGAGGAUGCAGAUUAUAACAGGACCACUUGACUUUUUUUUUGCUUUGACCCGUUGUAGUAAAGUGCUAAGGUGGAGAUUAACCUCCAGUUUCCAGAUGAUUCCAGGCGAGGAAGAAAAAAAAAGCAGUCAGCGUAAAAAUAUGUUACUUAAAAUCCCAUUUAUGCUGUUACAAAAAUAAUAGAUAUUCAAGUAUAUAUAUAUAUAUGUUAGAUAAAACUCAAAGAACUUUGUGUGAAUUUAUAUAUUGUUUUAAUGAAACACUGGGAUGACUCCGACAAAUCGUCUUGUGAUGUUAACCAUGCAGCCUUAAUAUGCAAGCCACUGUGGAUUCAUUAAGGGAGACGACCCUUUUUAUAACUCUGAUUAACCAUGUCUGUGAAUAAGAUUCACAAAUAAAUAUUUCAAGAAACUUUUGGACAAAAUAGGCCCUUAUAUCGAGAGUAUUGAGUCAGAUUUCACUUCAUUCUGUCGUUCCUUUCAGGGUUUUCCGUUAAAAUGUCGGGGUUGUUUUUUUAUAAGGAAUGACAACAACAUUACCCUCACACAGUCCUCAUUUAGCUCACAGUGGGCAGGUUUUCCUCGAGUCACUGCGAUUGAAUGUAUAUUCACUGAUUGUAUUUCUUCACCUGUUCAUCGUUCACUAUUGCUGAUGCUGGGUUUUCGCAAUCACUCACACCUUGAACAACUAUCCACCCAAAUAUCUCCUCUCUGUCGCAGACUGUAAUACCAUACGUUUUUAUUUCCACUCGACACUGAAAGAUUUUCUCACUUGAAUCUGCCAUGUUUAAGUUCUCUCACUUGUCAAAUACACAGUUAUGGGAGAGUGUUUUAAUGUUCUUUGUUUGACAAUAUAUUACAAGUUAUAACAACAAAGCCACAGCCGAGGGUGGUUUCCAUAUGUGCAUGUAAAUAGCCUGGAUUAAACAAACCUAAAGUCAGCAUCAGAUGAUAUGUAGUUGGAAAUUGAUGAUUGUUAAUUUAUGAUGCCACAAGUGCUUUUGUUCUACUCUUGUUAGAAUGCUGUGACUGAGAAUCAGUUUGUACGUUAAUUGAAUCUGCCAUUUUGUUUUGUUUGUAAAUAUGACUCUGUUUUUCACCCCUUCGUAGAGGGUUAUAUUCACGGAGUAAAUCGACAAAUACUUUGUGAAUAAUGGUUGAUUUUCUCCGAGGAGCUAUGACAUGAAUGGACGUACCUGAUUUCAUAACCUUAAUACAUGUUUGGUUUAAGUAAUUCUGUCUGCUUGAGUUUUUUUGUAGAGCUGAGCUGCAGGCGUUUCUCUUGUGCAAGCUCUAAAUUCAUUAACUGCCUAAUGUUUUGAUGAAAUCACUGAAAUAUGCUAUUUGAUGCCCUCAACUGCAGCACAAGAGGAAGAUGAUUAUUUUUUUGUCUUUAAUAAUAGAGAGAAAGGAGACGUUUUCCACAUUAUCAGGGCAUGUUGUCGUCAACACGCAGCAACAGCUGUACUUGCACAGUAAGGUUUGUCAAUGUUGUCUCACAACAUAAUAAAUGACUUAAAAUACUUAAA